AUACUUGCACUGUUAUAUCCCAUCGUUAACUCAAGCUUCUUCUUCUCAUCCUUGCCGGAGAUCAGUAUCCACUCUCGAUAUUGAGGUUGAUUGAGGAAAGAACAUGCAGUACAGACUCGUCUCGGCGAUUGCCGCUGGCGCUUUGGUCGCCAAUGUCUAUGCUCUGCCUGUUGCGCAGCCAAAUUCGCCGAACCCACCAGACAGUAUCCAGCUUGGUCCUCCAUCAACAACCAUCACCUGGGGCAAGGACAGGCGAGACACCACCAACCCACCCGACGAUGUUCAGCUUGGUCCCCCGUCCACAGUCAUCACUUGGGGUAAAGACAAACGUGACGCACCGAAUCCACCCGACUCCAUCUGGCUCGGCAAGCCCUCAACGACCGUCACUUGGGGAAAGGACAAGCGUGAGGCCGGGCCGCCCACUCCGCCCGACUCCAUCUGGCUCGGCAAGCCAUCAUCAGUCGUGACGUGGGGAAAGCGUGACGAACAGCCGGAUGACAUUGAGCUGGGACCACCAUCUACGGAAAUCACCUGGGGGAAGCGCACAGAAAGCAACCCUCCCGAUGACAUCCAGCUCGGCCCGCCCUCGACAGAAACGCACUGGGGCAAGCGCGACCAGACGCCUCCCAAUACCAUUGAGCUCGGCAAGCCGUCGACUACCAUCACCUGGGGUAAGAAGCGCGGUAUUGUUUUCGGAAAGCCCAAGGACACGAUCCAGCUCGGCAAGCCGACCACUGUCGUGACAUGGGGAAAGAGGGACGCCGGGAUUGAUUUCGGAAAGCCCAAGGAUACGAUUGAGCUUGGCAAGCCGUCCACCACGAUUACCUGGGGGAAGAGGGAUCAGCCGGCGGAUGAGAUUGAGUUGGGAAAGCCGUCGACGGAGAUUACAUGGGGCAAGCAGUAACUGCGACCCAAGUUGACUUCUGAUGUGGGUACGCUCUCAAGCCAAGGUACCUCGUCGGCAUUGCUUGCUGGCGCCGGCGCAGUCCUUUCUGGCAUAUCACCUUUUUCCUUUGUGCUAGCGAGAAAAGCAGAGAAGGCCGACGCUGCUCAUUUACCGUCGUCGGGGAGAAAUGAGCAUGCAGGUGCAUUUGAGGUUGAUAUCCGCGGGGCUGGUUUGUCUGCCUCUUUCGUUUAAUUGGUAUGCCGUAUUUCUC